UCCCGACACAUAGUAAGCAAACAUCCGCAUCAUACAUAGUUUAUUCUUACACUAAUUAAUUGUCAAUAUUUCAAAAAGUCCUUAUAUAGGAGAAAGAUAAAAUACCCUUAUUCCUCUUAAGUUAAGCUUUGUUACUUUUCAAGGAUGCUUUAAGAGAAAAGAGAGGGUGUUAAAGUUGUUAAAAAGCAAUGCAAAAACUUGGAGUUUGUGGGCUGUGGCUGUCACCUGAAACUAUUCUUGCUGUUUUGAGGGAGCAAGCUAGGAUGGGAAAGAGUAUUUAAUUAUUCAUAUAUACUCUUAUUUCUUGGGAUUUUCAACUCUCUUUUUUCUUUUUAUGAAAAUUAUUAUACUUAAAUGUGUGAUAGUAUAAGCAUGGAAUCUACAAAUCUUCAUCAUCAGCUUCAUGAAGAUGAAGAUGAGCUUGUUGGAUCUUCUAAUCCAGUUGCUUCUUUGCCUUCUUCUUGUUUUAGCAAUGUUCCAAAUAAUGAACAUCCUUGGAGAACUUCCUCUUUCUUCUUGAAUAAUGGCAAUAUUCAUGAACCUUGUGAUGAAGCUCCUCCUCAUUCCCUCAACAACCCCAUAAGACAAGACAUGAACUUUCCUUGGCCUAAUGAUCAUAUUAAUAUUAGCAUUAAUCAAUCUACUUCUCACCAAAUUCAUAAUCAACAACUUAAUAAUGAUAAAAUUAAAGAAGAACCAUCAUCUUCAACUUCCCUAAAUGAUCAUGAAAAUCCUAAUUUCACCAAAAUUAGUGAUAUCUUAAGCUCUUCAACUUCAUCUAAUCCUGAAAUAUUACUUCUCAAGAACACAUUAUCUCCUACAUACAAAAACCAUAUUCUUCCUCAUAAUAAUAAUAAUAAUAAGGAGCUCUAUCAAUCUUCAGUGUUAUUUCAACCAAAUAUACAAUAUCAUAAUAAUAAUAAUGUAUACAAUAAUGGAAUAACUACUACUUUUAGCCAGAUUUUUCCUAGUGUAAAUAUUUCAAACAUGAGUAAUAAAAAGAUCAAUAACAUGUCUUCAUUAUCAUCAAUAUCUACAAGCUCAAGUACAAUUGAUCAGAUGGCUAAUAAUGUUCAAGAUGGUUUUGAUCUCUUUGCCACCGCACGAUUAUUAAGUAGUGGAGAUAAUCUUACUCAUUCUACUCCAACAACUAAUCAUCUCCUAGAGCUGUUCAAAGGUAGUCCUCAAUUUGGCGUUGAUUAUGAUUUGCAGCAGUCUAAUGAUGUCAAAGUAUGCAAUAAUAUUGCUAAUAGUAAUCUUUCUUCCUUUAACAAUAAUGGAGUCACACCUGAAUCAAAGAAGUAUACGAUGGAGCCAAACUUAGUUCAUCAAAUGGCAUCCAAAAAGCAACGGUUUGAAUCACGCGGCACUUCUUACCCUCCACUUAAGGUUAGGAAAGAGAAAUUAGGAGAUAGAAUCGCGGCACUUCAACAACUAGUGGCACCCUUCGGCAAGACAGAUACAGCUUCUGUAUUGAUGGAAGCAAUUGGAUAUAUCAAUUUCCUUCAAAACCAAAUCGAGACACUAAGUGUUCCAUAUAUGAAGUUAGCAUCACGUAACAAAGCCUCCAACGCUCGAAGGGUUUCAGAUGAUGAGUAUUGUGAGAGUGAAGAACAAAAAUCAAUAGACCUUAGAAGCCGAGGGUUAUGCCUUGUGCCCGUAUCAUGCAUGUCCUAUAUAAAUAUAGCAAGUGAUGCCACUAAUAGUAAUGUUAGUAUUUGGCCACCUUCUACUUAUAACUCGGCAGCGGGCUUCUAAUAAUUAUAAUUUUAAUGCAUGCAAAUUGCAAAAUAAGGAGAUAAUAUGGUGGUUUUUAUUAAUAAUCAUGCGUGAUUAUUAAUUAGAUAUGUUUUGUAUGAUUAAUGGAGCAAACUUGGUCAUCUUGAAAUAAUUUUGCAAGAUCAAGUUAGACCAUGUUUGAUCCAUUCAUCUAAGGCAAAAUAUUUUGUGUUAUAUUUGUUAAUUGCUCAAAGUAGAGAUGCGAUUCUUUUUCAACAUCAUUAUUCAUGACUCAUGAGAGAUUACAUAUAAAUAGACUUGUUUUUGGUUAGAUAUAUAUUGUUGUAACCAUAAUAAACUUUUAGGUGGAUUACAAACUAAUUAAAUUA